AUGGGUGACCGAUACAAUAUUAACAGUCAAUUGGAACAUCUCCAAUCCAAGUACGUCGGAACUGGGCAUGCAGAUACAACCAAGUUCGAAUGGUUGGUUAAUCAGCAUAGGGACUCUUAUUCCUCCUACAUGGGACAUUUUGAUGUUUUAAAUUUCUUUAGUAUAGCUGAAAACGAAGCUAAGGCAAGAGUAAGAUUUAAUCUGAUGGAAAGAAUGUUGCAACCAUGUGGACCACCUCCAGAGAAGGCAGAGGAAUAA